CAGAUUCAAGGCUGCAGCCUGACUUACUGUGCAACGUGCUUAGCUGUCUGGCUGAUCCUAACCAACCUCCACCAUGGCUAAAACGGUAAUAUGGCUCACCACCUUUGCAACGUUAAUAAUCACUACUACAGCUGCUCCGGCCUUCAACCCUCUAAUCGCCAACCUAACAUCUGCACAAGUUAUCAGGGCUAAAAGAUGUCGUCGGCAGUCUCCUAUAUUUUAUCCUGGAUAUGACUAUGGCCAACAACACUUGUGCUAUGAUAACAUGGCCAACUACUGCUAUAACCCUAUGUGUUAUACGCCUGGCCACACGAACAAUUGCCAUAACAGAUGGUGUAAUGAAAUUUAUCCCUCCGACUGUUACAAUCUCUGCGGAUACGGGGCAGCAGUCCCUUAUCAAAUUCCGACACCACCUCCUAUUGCUUAUUCCCAAACGUGGCCCCCCAUACCCCCAAUUACAGGCUAUCCUCCUGCUAUCAGAACAACGUGGCCCCCCAUACCCCCAAUUACAGGCUAUCCUGCUACUAUCAAAACAACGUGGCCCACCAUACCCCCAAUUACAGGCUAUCCUGCUACUAUCAAAACAACGUGGCCCACCAUACCCCCAAUUACAGGCUAUCCUGCUACUAUCAAAACAGCGUGGCCCACCAUACCCCCAAUUGCAGGCUGUCUGCUAUCAAACAACUGGCCCACCAUACCCCCAAUUACAGGCUAUCAACUCCUAUCAGAACGUGGCCUCCAGACCAUGGCAUGUCUCGACCUCCACCUCCAAGAACGACACCACGACGACAUGCAAGGCCUCCUGUCCACUCGACCUCCACCUCCAAGAACGACACCACGACGACCAUACAAGGCCUCCUGUCACUCGACCUCCACCUCCAAGAACGACACCACGACGACAUACACAAGGCCUCCUGUCACUCGACCUCCACCUCCAAGAACAACACCACGACGACCAUAUACAAGGCCUCCUGUCACUCGACCUCCACCUCCAAGAACGACACCACGACGACGACCAUACACAAGGCCUCCUGUCACUCGACCUCCACCUCCAAGAACGACACCACGACGACCAUACACAAGGCCUCCUGUCACUCGACCUACACCUCCAAGAACGACACCACGACGACCAUACACAAGGCCUCCUGUCACUCGACCUCCACCUCCAAGAACAACACCACGACGACCAUACACAAGGCCUCCUGUCACUCGACCUCCACCUCCAAGAACGACACCACGACGACCAUACACAAGGCCUCCUGUCACUCGACCUCCACCUCCAAGAACGACACCACGACGACCAUAUACAAGGCCUCCUGUCACUCGAUAUCCACCUUGGACUAGACCACCUCACAUUCCAACACUGCGUACAAAACCCCCCAGACAAUUCAGAAAACCUUACAUUCCCCUGGUGAAGCCAACAGCUCCACUACCAACUAUGCAACCCGUGACCAGUGCCAAACCCAGGCCAAGGUGCAAUAAAGUGUGUCUUGAUGACGAUGGCAAUGUAUACCUCUGUUGUAAUGACUUUGAUUCAUCAUACCAGCGACAGGUUAGGAGACGGGAGUGUCCCCCCCAGAAGGCCCCAUGCACACCACCUCCUGACCCGCCCUCAUCACACCCCUACAAGCAUUGCACUAUAGACAACCAUUGCCCGGAGGAGGAUGGCCAAGGCUGCUGUUACAAUCAAUGUUUACGUGACUAUGUAUGUACCGACCUUAUCUCCCGCGACCACUCCAACCACCUCAACGACCAACCACAUCUUCUUAACGAGCGUCCCAACCACCUCAACGACCAACCACAUCUUCUUAACGAGCGUCCCAACCACCUCAACGACCAACCACAUCUUCUUAACGAGCGUCCCAACCACCUCAACGACCAACCACAUCUUCUUAACGAGCGUCCCAACCACCUCAACGACCGACCACAUCUUCUUAACGAGCGUCCCAACCACCUCAACGACCAACCACAUCUUUAA